GACUUUAAGCGCUAUUUAGUUACCGCUAUCACCAAAUACCACCGAUAUGAGAUUAAUCAGAUCCACCUUACAGGGCAAGCCUUGCCUGACUUCAUUCUCAGAGAGCACUAUACCACCAUAUGCUGUGCUUUCGCACACAUGGGAGACCCAGGAUCAAGAAGUCACCUUGAAAGACAUGUUGGAAAGCAGCGGCAGGACCAAAGCCGGAUAUCGUAAAGUCGAGUUUUGUGGAGAUCAAACGCAGAAAGAUAAUUUGGAAUAUUUCUGGGUUGAUUCUUGUUGCAUCGAUAGGUCAAGUAGUGCAGAGCUCUCUAGAUCCAUCAACUCCAUGUUUCGUUGGUAUCAGAAUGCUCAAAAGUGCUACGUGUACCUCCAAGAUGUCUCAACGCUGAAGGGUGAUGACCGGGAGUCGUGGGAACCAUCAUUUCGAAAUAGUCGCUGGUUCACGAGGGGCUGGACAUUGCAGGAGCUUUUAGCACCAAAAACUGUGGAGUUCUAUUCCAAAGAGGGUCAAAAGCUCGGCGACAGAAAGACGUUAGAAGGACCUGUCCACGAGGCGACAGGAAUUGCGCGUAAAGCCCUGCAAGGAACCCCUUUAACCCAAUUUGAUGUCGAGGAACGGUUCUCAUGGGUGUACAAACGCCAAACAUCCGAGCCAGAAGAUAAGGCUUAUUCGAUGUUGGGGAUAUUUGAUGUUUCACUGCCUUUAGUCUAUGGUGAAGGCGAGAUACAUGCAUUACGUCGUUUACGAGAGGCAAUCGCACGAGAAAACAGUAUUACAGUUAAUAUUGGGCUCCCUGGUUAG